AUUCGAGUUGCGCGGUAAGCUCAAAUGAUAAGUAGAAAAAAACAGGAGUUUGCGAUGUUGUGCAUGUUGUGGCGAUCGAUAGCCUGAAGAGAUGAAGAGAAUAGCAAAUCUAGAUUGAGGUCUCAUCUCUUUCGCCCAGAUCUAUGCCUAAAUUGGUGUAUCGUGUAUUGAUUAAGCGUUUCCUUCCACUUCGCGAGUGUCACUCAAAUGCAGGGCAGUUUUAAGAUCCAACUGAUAAACAUGGGGACGCGGGCAGCGGCCUAGGUUCCCUGGAGACCUCAUAAGCUUUUAGUGUGUACCCAAUGCAGGCCGCGCAGGUGUGUGAUAACAUGCAGCUUGUUUCGGAGCCGCUGAACCUGAAAGUCACGGCGAAGAUCCGGAGCCUAUACGACUGCCAGCUGCGGUUGAUGCACAACAUCCAGCCGCUGCCUUCUGGCAUUGAUAUCGCCAACACCGUCAAAUACUUCUCACAGACUCUACUGAGUGUUCUCAAAGACGUCCCCCGGUCUCCUCUGGAAAUGAUCCGGGACGCAGACAACGACGCGGAGAGGAUGGGGCUGUACCCCAACUUGGAUUACAAGGGGCUGUUCAACGCCAUCUCACAGCUCGUCGACUCGGCACCUCACUUGCAGUAUGGCAUUCAAGCGUUCGGUCAGGCAGUGCUACAGUGCCUGGGCUGUAUUCUGCCGUUUCUGGAGUACGAUAUGAUCGACAACCUGCCCUACUUGGUAGCGUACUGUGUGGCCGUGUUCCCCGCCAACCUGCAUCAGGGGAUAUUGCAUCUGCUGUGCUAUUAUAUACUGCCGUUUACCAUCACACGACGAUAUUCUGGUCUGGAGGAAGAGAGUGAGGCUUCUCAAUCCGUUGGAGCUAUAAUAAUGAUGGUGUUCCAGCACUCCAGCAACCCAGCCCACCACUGCCAACUCCUGGAAUGUCUCAUGUCCAUGAAGCAAUGGGUGGUAAAGGACGUACUGUGCGUGAUCGCGUACGGGACGUGCGGCGCACGUGUUUCUGCGGCCAAACUGCUGUUCUACUACUGGCCGCCCUUUGACGCCAAGCUGUUCGACAGGAAGGGGCUGCUGUGCAAGUUUGCCAAUGAUCUGGUGCCGUUCCUCUGCCAGCGCGACAUGUGUCCCAACGCUGGGACAGCGGAGGCGGCCAAGGUGUGCUACGACCACUGCAUCAGCGUCACCUUCGCCUCCGACACGCCGCCGCCGCUCUACCUCUGCAUCGAAUGCGCCAAUGAGAUACACAGGGAGCAUCCAAACCAAAGAUUUUUCGACAUCUUGCACCCCCAACAGCAAGUGUCAAUGGUGUGCGAAAACAAAAACUGUCGCUCACAAGACAAGGCUGCGUACUCGAUUUGCUUUUCCACAGAAUGUGCGAGCUAUAAUGGAAAUCAUCCUAUACGCUACUGCCAGCAAUGCCACGGCAACCGCCACAACAGCCGCCGCGGUGGCGACCACGUGGUCCACACGAGGCUACCGCCCGCUUGGCAGAUGGACAGCGAUAUGCAGACCAACCUCGUGGAAGCCAUCAUCAGCCUCCUGAAGGAAGCAAAACCAAUCAACAUGGAAGAUCCAGAUAGUUCCACGGAGUCAAUCAAGUCCACCCUCAGCGUCAAUCUUCCUGAUCCUAUACCGGUUGAAGACAGGCAACUACUUGGAAGAUAUGGAGUGUGGUUAAUGGUGGGUCUUUGUACACCGAACUCUGAUACCCCAGAUGAAGUUUUAGGACGCCUUUUAUCAGUCCUGUUUCACUGGUUCCACGUAACCUCUUUCUCAUAUACAGGUGAAAUAGCAAACACAGUGGAGAAAUUGAAAUCGGAGCACGUGUGUCCAUGGUUGCGGAAUAUUGCGGACAAACACCGCAGAGUGUUGACGUCUUGUCUUCUGCCGCAUCCGCCACAACACAUGCGGGUGGCUGGACAUUGGGACAACCUCGGCUCUAAGAUUGCGCAUCUCAAGGACGGACUCAAUAGAUUAUACUGCUUGAUUCCGUACGGUAUAAUCACGCAGUCGAUUUGGGAUUACAUCAUGCCACAUUGGAUGGAGGCCAUCUGUGAAGACGUUCCCGAAAAGGAGUUAUUGGAGCUGAAGGUAUCGGUCGCUAAGAUCCUGGAGCCAGACGGCAGCAUGGUGGGCGUGGACGAGCGCAACUUGUACAACUUCGCGAUCCUCAAGGCGUCCGACAAGCCGCGACCAGACACCGUUCUGCCCGUGCUGGAGUGGUUCCAGACAAUAUCGUUGCUUGAGGUGAAGAUCCCUUUGUCAACUCUGUUCGAUCUGUUUAGUCACUGCGUUGUCAAUCUACCUGAGAAGAUUUGUAAGCCACCGCCUGAAGACAAUAAGCUAAAGGAAAAUGGCAACAAUGAACAGACAUCUAACAAUGAAAAGGACAAAGACAAAGACGAUGAAACUAAACCUCAAAAUCUGACGUGUUGCAUACUGAUGCUGGAUAUAUUACUGAAACAGAUGGAGCUGCAACAUCAUCGCAUCAACAUACAGAACGUAAGCAGUGAGGCGACGAAGUUGUUACGCUUGAUGCUCAAGUCCAACCAAAUGAAUACUAUUGAACACGCGGAGUGCCGGUCGGCUGGUGCAUGUGCGUACUGCGAAGCUGCGGCGCUGUGCCAUCAGCUCGCCGUGCGACUCGUGCGCACGCUGGUGCCUCGAGCGCCCGCGCACCAUUCUGAGCCGUCAAUCGAAGAGGCGUGGUCCGAGAGCCACGGCAAGAAGAACCAGUCCGAGGACGAGCGCAGCAAGUCCGGUGGUACGCCCGCCGCGUCCGUGGACGCGCUCAUGGCGAUCGCGCAUCCGCUCGCGGAGAAGAGUUCUGUAGGAGGCGUGCUCGUUCAUAUGCCGCAUUUUGUUCAUUUCAUGCAAAUGUCACUAAUAAGCGACAUCGGGUCGGACGCCACACUGACAAAAUCGUCAGGCGAUACGCAAAUCAUGACGGCAACGGUGGAGACGAUCACCGAACAGCUAGACAUGGCGGUGUCGUUGCCUCCAGCAGAGCAACCGCCUGUAGCCACGGCGCACUCCGUCACACUGACGGAUACCGAUGUUGCCACUGCGACUGCUAAUGUAUCCACCCCUAAUCUGUUGGGCGAAAACGAAGGCGAAUCAGUAGAUGACGACAUGACCAACUUUUGGCCCACUUCUGCGGGGAAAUUCCACUUCUGCAUCGAAGAAUUACCCCAGGAGCUGCAAUACAUACAUCAAUUGCUGCAGGAACUGAAGAACACCAAACGUCCAGAUGUCCUGUAUCACCUGCUUCAGUGUCUGCAAGUACUUGUGUUAAACACGGAUGCGCUGGCGGAGCAUAAGGGCUUCUUGAUAUGGUGCCAGGAGAAUUUGCUUAUUGACAAUCUGUGGAACGUCUGCGACGCGGCGCAGUCGCACAUCAGCUCAGUGGCGGUGCCGGUGUUGCUGCACUGCGUGACGCUGGCGGGCGGCGCGGACGUGUUCUGCGCGCUCGUGAGGGACGCCUUCCACCACCCUGAGGCCACUAAGAGGUUUACGGCUGUCGAGCGUGUUACUAUGCUGAUCAGAUUCAUGGACGGCUCGCCCAUCAAAACGAGCCUCUCCCUGCAAGCCGCUCUAGCGACCGCGUUCUGCUACCUCAUAUCCAGCAUGGACGAUAUCAACGUGUACGUCGCUCAGCGCGCUACGCUCUACAUCGGGACCAUUCACGAUAACGCUAUAGAGCUACUUCUGUAUUGCCUGGAGACUCAAUUCGACCUGGUGAUAGUGGACCGGCCGAUGAUCCUCCAGUCCAUCUACCAGCUACACAACACGCUGAGUGACCGCCGCAUCCUCACCUGGGAGUUCUUCCUCAACCGCUUCGAAGCGCUACUUCUGGAAGCGCAGAUCAACUCGAACAAGAAUGUUGACUACUCCAAUUUGAGGGAUUUGCUCAGCCGCUCAGAAUGGGUGGAGGCGCGAGUGAGGCGCGCGCAUGAGGCGCUGGCAGGUGCGCCGCGAUCGUUAGCAGCGUCGUUUGGUGCCAAGUGGCCGUAUAAGCGAACCGUGUCCGCGCCCGCCGCUGUGCCUCCACAACCGCACGCAGUGUUUGCACCAACAGAGAGGGAGAAGGUAUACUCGCGCCAGUACUCCGCCCCUCUGCUCAAGAGGAAAACCUCCCGCUUUGGGCUGGGACUAGGACAACUCCUCACUACGCCGCAAGCGCCACCCGCCACUCCACGGUCCAAUAAUACACAUGAUGGUAUUCACUCCCUGUCCGGUCGGUCAACUGAUGAUACGAUGACGACAGUGCUGCCCAAGGCGGUGGACUUGGAGGAGGCUGACAAAGAGACCACCAACUUGCUGGUGUUUCUAUUGAUGCAGUUUUUAUCCAGAUCAGACCAAGCGCAUCCAACAGAAGAUAAGUCGUGUUUGAAAACUCAAGAGCUAGUGUUAAGACAUUUGUUCCUUCUACUCGGAUACAACUCUAUGGAGAGGUUCUUCACUAUAUCACCACAUACUCUAAGAAUGUCGUCCAUUUUCAAUGCUUUCAUGGCAAAUCUGCCUCAAGUUUUGGACCAGAACCACGUGAUGGGGGCUAGCAUUGCUGAACCCACGCUCAUGUUGCUGCAGCACUGUAUUCGUCCGGCGUUGUACACCGCCAGCAACGCGGCGGCGGUACACUCGCUGGCGGCGUUGGAGCCGCACGUGAGGCGACACUGGCUUAUGGCGCUACUUGUAGUCCUUUACAAGUACCACUACAGCAAUGGUACUCUAUGCACGUUGGCUGGUGCACUGGUCCGUGCUGUGCUGCAGUCCGUGGAAGCGCAGCACCAUCAGUGCAAGCGCAUCCCACCGGUGCUGCUGUUGCCGCAGCAGCAGCUGCGACCGCACUGCUCGCAGCAGCACCACCCUAGAGAAAGUCGCGAAGUGCCAUUGAAAGUGGAGGAGCCAAGUACUACGCACAAAUCACCGGCGCAUUGGCCCGAACCCCCCGAGCCUGCCAAGUACCAACAAUGGAGCCUGGAGCAGGAGUCGUCGGAGAGCGAGCUGAUAGCCAUCCCGGAGACCAGCGACAAGUCUGACACUACUGUGCACGGCAGCACUGCUCCCGGAUCAUUCGAUGAGCCAUCUCACUACGACGAAGCGCCACCCACCGCGCCGCCGCACGGCGUUUCCUACCCGGGACUUGGAAAAAUCCCAGCCGCUGUGGGAUCACGCUCAGCGCAUCAACUGUCUACAAGCUCGUCAGUAUCAAUAGGCAGCGAUUCCUCUAACCUAAAAUCCACACCUAUGAGUGGCCAGUCGGUAGAGAUCUGGCCCGACCAGUUGCAUCAGCAACACUCGCCUAGGACUAAGAUACUCGGCAAACAGAAGAGGAUUGUUGUGGGCAGUAGCACGUCCCCAGACACGGCCGCGUCGUCCAAUGGCGGCGACGCGCUCGCGCAGCCGCAGCAGCACGCGCUCCUGCGCAGCCCAGGUGUGGCGUACGCGUCGCCAGAGUCCCCGCUGUCAAAGAUGGAGGUCGCGUGGAGCGGGCCCUCCCCGCACCCGCCGCACCCGCAACCGCCUGCGCACACCUUCCACAUACCGCCGCCUGUGCCGGAAAGAUUGUUGCCCAUCGGCCCCAAGCCCAACAAGGAGCAGUAUCCAGUCUUCAACGCGCUCGUGGACAGGGUUCGGGAGGCUCUCAACAUUCCUGACAUGUUUUCAGACGACUCGACGGAGCGCACGGACUCCAGCGAGGCGGAGCAGGCGCCCGCACGCCCGCACCGACUCGCCGACCGACCCUCGUCUGAAAGCGCACGGUCACCUCGUCGCUUGGCCCGGCAAGUGGCGCAGCUGGGGUCGCCGCCGCCGCCCGCGCCGCAGCCGCCGCAGCCGCCGCAACCCCCGCAACCCCCUCCCGCACACACCAACACACAAACGCCGAGACCCGCUAGGCCACUCUCUACUGAAAGCGGUCAAGCUUGGUGGGGAGGGACGCGUCGCGCGGCGCGGCGCGCGGCGCACGCGCAGCCCGUGCCGCUUCGACCUGACGCCACGCUGCGGUACCGAUGUGGAGAGUGUGGCGGCGCAGUGGAGCAGUACAGCGAUGAGGAGUUGGGGCUUUGUGUGAUAGUGCUGGCCACGUUCGUACGCCGCGAGCCAGCCGCCGCUGCAACCUUGCUGCCCGCCUUAUUGCACAGUGUUACACGGGUGGUGCAGCUGGGCAGUUACUCGUGGCAGGCAGAGAGCAGCACCCGACUUCCGGGCAGUGCAGUGUUCGUGGCGCAUCAGUUUCUUCGCUGCGUGUUGCAUCAGUUGGCGCCGCAUAAUGUGUUCCUGCAGCUCUUCCUGCAACGGACUCCUGAGAAGCAGCGUCAGAUGUUCUUCAAGAGCGUGGCACAAGCCUUUGUCGAUUUCAACGAGUUGUACCCAUGUGGGCCCUUGCAACUACUAAUUGAGCAUCUCAACUCCAAGAAGACGCUGCCUAUUGACCAAAUGGGCGUGAUAGCGGGUAACAUGGCGAUGUAUCUCGAAUGCCUCGCCCCUGAAGCCCUCGGUCCCGUCAGUGCGUGCAGCGCUUUACUCGCUGCUCUGGACACAUUGCUGCGAGCCGUGGCCUUGCAGCUGCCGCAACUGGACGAUGCGCUGCCGUUGCUGAGGGUCUGUGCUGCGGCAUUGCGAGUUCCUGCUGCUACUCACCACAAGAGCUUACUAGAGCCGAUGUCAAAGAUCGUGAGCUACACAGUACAGAAUUGCGCCGUCCGUCUGAUCGCGCUGAGCGAGGUGGGCGCGGGCUGCGUGCGCGCCUUCGCGCGCGACCGCGACAAGCUGCUGAUCUGCCGCGUGUUGGUCUACGAGUUAUUACAUGCCCUGAGAACCAAGACCACGGUCCCUGAUGAUAACCUGUUUGUGCUGCUACAGUUUGUACUGCAGGGUUAUGGUUGCACAUUGCUGCUGCCCCCGCAACUCAACACUGGAGAGUUAUUGUCAGGUUGCGGAGGUCCCGAAGCGCGGGACCUGGGCAGCGGCCCCGUGGACUGCAUGAGGCCACACCUGGCGGACAUGAUCGAUUUGCUGCACGACCCCAAUCUGCUGAAUAAAAUCAAGGGUUCAGUCUCAAAAUCAAUCGUAAACCGGAAUCUCAUUUGCCUGAACGAAGACACUUUAGGAGCAAUAGUAAAGGGAGGCAUAGCUCAAUACGUGGCAAUGGAAUUGGCACUGGAACAAAGUCGGGGCAAACAAGACAGGGGACCCACGCGACAUAUGAUGCCCUGGCUCACUACCACUUUACCCGGGUCUCGCGAUGUGAGCGAGUGCGUGGGUCGAGUGAGGCUGGUGUCAUGGGUGGUGUUGGGAGCCCUCAGCAACGCUCGCACACACCCUUUACAGCUCCCAGUUCCGUUAGAUGCUACUUGUCAUCUUACCGAUCAUAUUCAGACAAUAAUGUCGUCAUACGUGGAGCAAGCCCAAGACACGCAGAGUAAGUCCGCAAACGCAAGUGGCGGACAACGCAUGAGUGCGUUGUGCGGCGCGUUCCUGCUCUGCCAACUGUGGACGUUGUACGUGUGGCGCUGCGGCGCGUGCGCGGCGCCCGCCUCCGAGCCGCAACACGCCGCGCACGCGCUGCUGCUGCACUUCUGGUGCAAGCUCGUGCCCACGCUGACGCAGCUGACGCAUGCCAACAAGCUGUUGGCUGAAACAGUGAACUUACAUUUCCUGAGUCUACUGGAGUCGCUCCUGGAGUGCAACUCCACGGUGCUCAACAAACUGCUGCCCCUCUGGACACCUAUCCUGCACUCGCCACUCUUCAAUAUGCCACAUCACGUGGCCGAGCGUCUUGAGGCUUGUCGCGAAAUGAAGCCGGAAGUGGUGACCACGGCCACGUCGGCCACUAACGCGCCAGGUGGUGGCGCCACCAGCCUAGCGGCGACUAGGGAGCAUCGCAGGCUGUACCGACUGCUCACCAAAAUGGCGCAGUUGGAACUACAACCACACUCUUUUUACUUUAUAUAAUACCGAUUAAAACAAAAGAUCUUGAAACUGAACAGUUGAAUGGCUUUGAUCAUAGAUGUCGCUGUACAGUAAUGAGUCGCGCGUACUCUUAUUCUCAAAAGAAUUUACUGAUGUGAAAGUUUUUAACAACGUGUAAUGUUAUUUAUUUUAUACAAGCUGUAGUCUACGACUUCGUCUGCGCGGAAUUGAGUUUUUUUGUAUUUUCUGUUUCUCCAUGGGAGGAUAUACUAAUGUUAUGCUAGAUUUCGUCAAGGCCGAUCUAGUGCUUAAACAGUGAAACCUUAGUUGACCCGACUGUACUAGAUCUCAUAUUCAAUUCCCGGUUUUGGGUAAUUGGAUUUAUCUAGAAUUUAAGCCUGAAAUACAUAAAAUGUAGAAUACCUGUUUGUGCCAAAGACUUUGACUAUUAGGUGUAAUAAGAUUUUAUUAUUUAAUAACUAAGUAUUAAGUAAGUAUAU